AUGUUUUUGAGUUCAGUACUAGUUAGUUCAGAAGAAACCGGUUCCACUGACAUCAAAUGCACCCCAUGUCAGCAACAAUACCCAUCGCCGCCUCCACCGUCUCUACCUCCACAUGCUUCUAGCUCCAACUACUGUCCACCACCGCCCUCUCCACCCAGCUCUAGCGGUGGUGGUGGUAACUACUACUACUCUCCACCACCACCAUCUCAAUCAGGAGGUGGUAGCAACUACUACGCUCCUCCGCCGCCAAGUGGCGUCAUCGGUGGCAUGUAUUACCCUCCACCGACGUACAAAAACUACCCAACGCCGCCACCUCCGAACCCCAUUGUGCCUUACUUCCCAUUUUAUUACCACACUCCGCCGCCGCCUUCGGGUCUGAAAAAUUGCUAG